AAGUGGCAACAAUUUUUUUGCUUUACAAAGUGCGCUGCCAAACGUCUAGGUACUGAUAUUUCUGAAGAGUUAUUUGCCUCAAAUUUCCCGCCGUUGUUAUUAGGUGAAAGCGUCGGCCCGUUGCCUAGCAAAACAGCACCUCAUUAAAUGCAUGGCCCGGGUGUGAAGACUCAUUAAUUCACACUUAGUCCGUAGACCGUCUGGUACCCGGGGUAGUAGCCCUUAGAUGCAAUACGGGAAUGUCAUAACUACCAAUAAGCCAAUCACAGCGCGCGUACUAUUUUAGCCAUAUAAUCAUCAGUUAUAGGGUACUCAAAAGAAAGAGAAGCAGUCUACAUGACUAAUAUGUUUUUUUUUGUUAGAUUCUUUUGUUAGAAAAGUGGUUUUGUUGUCGUAGACAAUUUGCCCGGCGAAGCGGAGCAAAGCAUUACACAACAACAAAAAUCAUGGCGUCGUUUAGCUCCCCGUGUUUCCGUGCUUCGGCUCGUCAAUACCUUGGGCUUUUUCGCUAUCCUGCAUCUUGCCGAGCCAUCUACCAUCGCCAUCAAACCAACAGUACAUAUUCAGCCACUCCAAGUGGCGAACGAGUGAAAACGAUCGCUGAAAUGCCAGGUCUUCCCAGCUUGCCCGUCUUUGGCUCCGCGCCAUUUCUUGCUUUGAAUAGAAAAGGCCGUCCUCUCGGAAGAUUCAUUUUGGAUAAACAGUUUACAGAUGUUGAGACUUACGGUAAGAUUUUUAAGUUAGAUGUUCCUGGGGGUUUCAAGAUCAUAAGCGUAGCUGACCCAGACACCGCCAUGGCGAUAUUACGCAAUGAGCCUAAAUACCCAAAGCGAUUUGAUAGCCCUUUGCUGGACUUUUACCGAAACACGAGGAAGAAAAUACCCGGAGUUUUCUUUGCUGAGGGCCCAGACUGGCACAAAUACCGGAGUGUUAUAAGCAAGAGGAUUUUGCGCCCGAAAGAGGUUGCCGAUUAUGUGCCAGAAUUCGACAACAUUGGAUCAAAGUUUCUCGAGCGAGUCGAGAAUAUUCGCGGUAAAGCCGGAACUGAUAGUGAAUACGAAGUGGAAAAUCUCGAUAACGAGUUGUUUAAGUGGUCGUUUGAGAGUGUGGCGUAUAUGUUGUUCGACAAGCGCUUUGGAACCCUUGAAGAAAACGUUAAUCCCGAUGCACAAGGGUUUAUCGCAUCAGUUGGGGGCUUACUUGAAAGCUUUCUUCCUGCCUCCCUGCUCCCAGUGUUUAUUUACAAAGUCUACGAGACAGAGGCCUAUAAGAAUUUGGUCUACCACUUCGACAGGAUGUACAACUACGCCGAGAAGUUUAUUGGUGAAAGAGUGCAAGAGUUGGAGAAGGAAGGAAAGUUGGACGGUGAUAUUCAAGACGGAGAAAGAGUCGACUUUUUCCGUUUUCUUCUGUCAAGUGGCAAGCUGACAAGGGAUGAUCUGUUAGCCAGCGUCAUUGACCUUUUAUUCGCCGGGGUAGAUACAACCUCAAACACAAUGCAGUGGGUCUUCUACACAAUGGGAAAACACCAAGAUAAACAAGAAAAGCUUUACCAAGAAAUAACGUCCGUACUUCAGCCAGGCGAGCUGUCAUCAACAAAACACAUCGCAAAGAUGCCGUACCUCCGCGCAUGGCUAAAGGAAACACUGCGAUUAUACCCAGUUCUUUCAGCUUUACCCCGCCAAGUUCCCGAAGACAUCGUUAUCGAUGGUUAUCACAUACCGGCUCAUACGAACUUCAACAUCCUAUUCUACUACAUGGGUAGAGAUGAGAGUAAUUUCAAAGACCCACUACAGUUCAAGCCCGAGAGGUGGCUGCGAGAUGAAAGCCAUUCAACUGCUGAAGCCAUGCAUGCAUUUGCGUCAAUCCCCUUUGGUUUUGGGACGCGUAUGUGCGUCGGUCGGCGAAUUGCUGAGUUAGAGAUGCAUUUGUUGAUGAUUAAAGCCCUCCAGAGAUACAUCAUCACCUACCCUCAUAAUGACGAGAUUAAGCCAUUUAUGCGAGGAGUCACAAUCCCGGACAAACCCGUCCGAGUCCGGUUUACUGACAGACCAGGCUGCUGAUUAUUUCUACUAACAUUCUAUGGGGUCAAUCAAGUAUGAAGCACUAGACUGAAUAAUCUAUUUUUUUCAAAGGAGUAUCUUUAUAGGUGGCUGAACACGAAUCACAGCUUAGAUUGAAAUUUAGUUUUUGUUGACGGACAAAAUUUGGAGAACCCAGAAAAAAAACCUCAGGCAAAGGCGAGAACAAGAAACUCAAUUACGUUGGAACCGCGAAUAGAAUCUAGGACCUAGGGAAGUCUUUGUAAGUAUAUUUUAUAUGCAGUAUAAGCACUAGACUAAACAAUCUUUUGUGCCUUAGUAUAGAAUCCAAAAUAAUAGCUUUAGAGGUGGCUGGCCAUAGCCUACCAGUAGGCUUUGAUAGUUUUUCCCUCACAAAAAGGUUCAUACGUGCUUGUAUUUUUGAGUAGCAUAUGAAGAAAACGUUGUCGUUUUGGGGGUCUGGUACCUAGGAAACUUAGUUUCUUAUCAGGGACCUUCUCAAACAACUGAAGAUGGUCACAGUAACUGUUUUUCUCUUCUGAUUACAAGUCAUUGAGUUUACGAAGCCCCUGGGGUACGCUCACCUUUAAAAUAAUUUCAAAAAUCAUGCAUAUUUUCCAAAUAACGAAUACAUUAGUUUCCUUAUUUGGAAGUGACCGCUUUUGGCAAACAACAUAUGCGUGAUAACGACAUAACGAAAUAAGCCCUAAUGUGAACGUUGACGACAUAAGCAUCAAAUGAAAAUGUGACAUUUCUGUG